AUGCAGUCCGGUAUAGCGCAAGGCGGCGGUGUAACACAGACUUUCCAUACCUCCGAGGAGCAGUAUUCCAGUGGUUUUUCGCUCGCUCUUCGGAUGAUAACACUUUCAGCUGGAGUGACAAUUGGCCUGUUCGCCCCGGCUAAAGGCAAAAAUCACAACCCAAGUGGUCUGGGAAGGGCAAUUAUCAACCGAAAGGUUAAAGAUGCACAAAGACAACAGCAAUCUGGCCUUUACUCUGUCGACCUGGACUCAAAUCGGUUGAAGUCGGUCACGCAAGAACGGAAUCUGGAGGAGUUUUUGAACACAGCCGAACUGGCAGGAACAGAUUUCACUGCCGAGCGUCGCAAUGUUAAGAUAAUUAACCAAACUGCCCCCACUUCCCAAAAUCCCUAUCUAUUGACUGAGGCGGAGGAAGUAAAACUACUCGAAAAGCAAGAAAAGAAUAAGAGUCGCCUUCAAGUACCUCGUCGACCGGCAUGGACCAAAUCUAUGAAACACGAAGAGCUUGACCGAAAUGAGAAGGCCGCUUUCUUGCAAUGGAGAAGGAAUCUAGCACAACUGCAGGAAUCGGAAAACUUCCUACUCACUCCCUUCGAACGCAACAUUGAAGUUUGGAGACAGCUAUGGCGGGUCCUCGAACGAUCUCACUUAGUCGUGCAAAUUGUCGAUGCAAGGAAUCCACUGCGGUUCAGGUGUAAAGAUUUGGAAGAUUAUGUUAGAGAUGUCGAAGGGAACGAGGGAGAGGCUGGGUCAGGUCCAGGAAAGCGCGAAAGCAUGUUGUUGAUUAACAAGGCGGAUCUACUUACUGCCAAGCAAAGGCUCGAAUGGGCAAACUAUUUCGACAAGGAAGGAACGAAAUACGCUUUUUACUCGGCUGCGACUGCCAACGCUAUUCAGGAAGCAAGGCGGGAAGCUGCGGCCGCCCAACUUGCGGCCCAAAACCGGUCUGGCGACGAAAGCUCUUCUGAAUCCGAAGCAUCAGAUGACGAGGACGAAGAUGAUGACCAUUACUUUUCUGCGCCAGAAGAUGAAGGCGAGGACGAGGAUCCAAGGACGAAGAUCCUUACCGUAGAUGAAUUGGAGAAGUUGUUUUUACGCCUUGCACCUGAUUUGCAUGAAUUCAAGGAUGUGACCGGAAAACCCCCGAGUAAGCUCACACUGGGACUGGUUGGAUAUCCCAACGUCGGCAAAUCAAGCACCAUCAACUCCCUUCUCGGCCAGAAGAAGGUCAGCGUGUCCGCUACUCCAGGAAAGACGAAGCAUUUCCAAACUAUCCAUCUCUCCGACUCCAUCGUCCUUUGCGAUUGCCCUGGCCUGGUCUUCCCUCAAUUCGCUACAACGAAAGCGGACCUUGUUUGCGAUGGUGUCCUUCCCAUAGAUCAAUUGAGAGAGCAUACCGGACCAGUUGCUCUAGUGGUCAAGCGAAUUCCUAAAUCGCUAUUGGAGGCUACCUACGGCCUUACGAUUAGAACGACACAUGCGGAGGACGGUGGUGACGGUUUUGUGAAAGCCGAAGAUUUCCUGCAGGCGUAUGCCAUCGCAAGAGGUUUUAUGCGUUCAGGUUUUGGAAACCCUGACGAAUCUCGUGCCGCUCGAUACAUCCUCAAGGACUACGUAAAGGGGAAACUGUUGUUUUGCCACCCACCACCAGGUAUCGAUGAGGACAGGUUCAACGAGGAGACGCACGAGCGACGACUGAAACGUUAUGCGACGAAAAAGAAGGCACCUGUAACCCGCGUUGGUAAGAGCGCUGAUACCUACAUGGCGACGGAAGAGGAAAUGGCGGCUGCCUCACAGACCCUUCGGAUGGGUCAGAAGUCCCGGGCCAUUGAUGAUGAGUUCUUCCAGUCUCAAAGAGACCGACCUUUCAUGGCUGGAUCGAAGGGAGGGAAAGCCUUUUCAAGAUCGAUUCUUUAUCCCAACCAAGUCUUAGUCGCUGAUGACGGGACCCCGUUAUCUGGUGCCCAGGCUCGCAUGCAAGUGAUGAUGCAAGAGAAAAGAUAUAUGCGCAAAGUUGGUGACGACGCGCAAUGGGCCACCUACGUGAUCAGCGAUAGCAUUAUCUCUGGUGUUCACUGCAAGCUAUAUGCGUCAGUUUCCGAGAACGACAGUGACCCGGAACUGACUGAAGUCGCAGAGUACCGUCGCCUUCUGGAGGGAUCAUUGUUUCUUGUCAAGACUUGUCACGCAAUGGAGUCGUUUUGA